UGUCAGGGCAGCAAUUUUUUUUUUACUUUUUUAUUUAUCAUUUUUGGGAAACAUACCAAUAUAUUUAUAUAUACAUUCCUAUCAUGAUGGACGACGACGACAUCCCGUCGCUCCCGGCAGAUGCACUACAAGCCCUGCAGGAGUUUUAUAAUGAACGAGACACUCGAGCCAAGCAGUUCGACCAGCUCAAGGCCCAGGCCGAGCAAGAAGAACAAGAUCGACCCAAGAAGUGGUCGAUGGAGUAUUUUACGGAAGACUGGAAUGCUUCCCAAUUCUGGUACACAGACGAGUGUGCCACGACAUAUGCAAGACAGCUGCUCGACAGUGCGACCGAUGCGUCGGCCGUGGCAGUGGUCUCUGCACCCAGCGUGUUCAUCCAGCUGAAGAACCUGCUGAGCGCGGGAGCGUACUCUGUCAAGCCGCGCAUAAUGCUGUUCGAGUACGACGAGCGCUUCGCAGUCUUCAAGGGCGAGUAUACGUACUACGAUUUUGCAAAUCCGACUCAGUUACCGGGCGAACUGAAGGGUAAAUUCGACCGCAUCAUCUUCGACCCACCGUUCCUCAACGAGAACACGCAGACGAAGACCGCCAUCACGGUCAGAUGGCUAUCACGCAACUGGAACGCACCGGGAACGCAGUCAGUGACCGACGAGAAGCCCAAGGAAAGCCUGCGCCUGAUCGGCAGCACGGGCGAGAGGAUGAAGCCGCUCGUGAGCAAGCUGUACGGCAAGGUGGGCAUAAGGACGACCAACUUCGAAGUCGAGCAUGCCAAGGGUCUCAGCAACGAGUUCCACUGCUACGCCAAUUUCGAAUGUGACGCUUGGAAGUGGGCAGCCUGAGUGGAUUGAGAGGAGAAGGUGUCCAGGCGGAGUGGUUUUGAGCGCUGGGUUUGUUGAUUUAUUGAUUGAUGCAAGCAAGCAACGACACAAUUGCUGGCGGAGGCAAGUCGCACUGUACCAGGAUGCAGCCGCUUAGACCAACCACGACGUUUUCGCCGUCCGGG